AAGUACGUGUAAUAUGACACAGCUUUUGUCCCCACUUUUCCUAUAAAUAUUAUACUAUCCUACACCAAUGCUUAUCUAUUUCACUAGACUUAGAGAGAUUCUCAAAGCAUAGUCCAUAAUCCAAUACUAUGGAAGACGGUGGAACAAAUGCUAAAAGCUUGGAUCCUCAUCUGAAUUCAGAAGACGGAUCUAAAAGAGAAGAUGUUGAAGAAAAGGAAGAGAGUGGUGUUGAAGGAGGGCUUAUGAACAACUUGAUCUCCACCUUGAGUCCAACCAAUAUUGGAAAAUCCAAUGAGAAUGAAAGUGAUGGUGAUGAUGGAGAAAGAAAAAGGGUUGAUGAAGGUGGAGAGGGAGGGUUCAUCAGCAAAAUGGUUUCCAAUUUCUUCCAUCAAAGUGAAGGUGAAGGUGUGGUGGAAAAUGAAGAGGAUAAGGAAGAGGAGGAAAUCAAGGGUGGUGAAAGAAUCAAACGGUUGAAGACAGAGAAUAAUGGAGGCAUCAUUCACAACAUUGUUUCUCAUUUACCAGCUGCUUCAAUCCCAGCAGAUGGUGCAGUUCCCACAGCAGACGAGGCCACUUUUUUAAUUAACUCUCUUGUUCGUGACUAAGCAGAGCAAUUCUUAAAUUAAUAUGGUGCACUAAAUGGAAGAUUCUUUUGCACCGUGCCAUAUAUUUAUUCUGUUUCUUUAUUUUUUCUGAGUUUUCUUUGUUCGUUUACGGUAACAUAUAACACUUGUAAAAGUAUGGAAUAUCCAGAUGGUCUUGCGCAAUGGUGCUUAAAAUUGCAUUGCCUUGCGCCUCUCGUAACGUUAGCGUAUCUGCAUAUGUACUCUUUUGGUUGAUGCAAUGAUAUUAGUUUUUGAAUUAAAAAUAAAUUAUUAUUUUAG